AUGGGAUUUGGGGAGAGGUUCAUUGGCCUUGUAUAUGGUAUAAUAUCGAAUAAUUGGUAUUCAGUUCUGGUUAAUGGGCAACCACAUGGCUUCUUCAAAUCAACUAGGGGCGUCAAGCAAGGGGAUCCUCUAUCCACUUCACUUUUCAUCCUUGUAGCUGAGGCUCUAUCUAGGGGUUUAAAUGCUCUUCAUAUGAACCUCUAUUUUUGUGGUGUUGGCCUACCCAAAUGGAGUCCAAAGAUCAAUCACCUAGCUUAUGCAGAUGACACAAUCAUUUUCUCAUCCUCAGAUAUGCUUACCCAAGCUCAAGAAGAUCUCCGUGUCUCUAAAAUUAAGAUUCAGUUCCUUGAAAGUUUUCUUGCUCCUUUGAAGACAACUUAUGAAGCCCCGGAGGCAGAAAAAGAAGAAUUGAAAGCUGAAAUUGAGCAGUGGGAGAAGGAUUAUGAAGCCCUCGAAGAUAAGUCAUCACUUGACGUUAAAUGCAUAUGA